ACACAGAAAUGUAAGUAUUCCUUCUAUUUUCUUCAUUGUUAAUGUUGUGAUAGUGUUCUUUCUUCAUACUUCUUGUAUGGAAAAAACAUAAACAUAAUAUAAUAGUGAGCUCCCCUUUGAAUAUUUUAAAUUUUGAUAUAUAAUUACUACUUACUUACUUACUCCGUGGUGCUACAGCCCGUUUAGGGCCUUGACCUCCUCUAUGAUGCCUCUCCAUUCCUCUCUGUCACCAGUUCUUCUUCUCCAACCUCGGACACCCAGCCUCCUCAAAUCUUGUUCCACAUCUUCUAACCAGCGUUUUCGUGGGCGUCCUCGUAGUCUCCUUCCUCCUGGAUUUUCUCUGAAGACCUUCUUUACUGCUCUUGAGUCACUCAUCCUUUCUACGUGACCUAACCAACUCAGUCGCCUGUAUUUUAUUUCGUUAACUAUUUCUGUUUUUUGGUAUAGGUCACGUAACUCUUGAUUUGUCCUUAUUCUCCACUCCCCAUUGUUACAGACUGGUCCGUAAAUCUUUCUCAAUACUUUCCGUUCCCAAGUACUUAAGAGAUCUUCAUCUUUCUUUGUGAGAACCCAGGACUCUGCGCCAUACAACACAACUGGUUUCAAUAUUGUUUCAUAAAUUUGAAUUUUCAACUUCUUCGUUAACACUUUGGAUCUAAGGAAUUGGCUUAGGGCAAAAUAGCACUUAUUACCUGCAGCUAUCUUUGCUUUUAUAUCGACUUGGACGUUGUUGUCAUCAGUGAUUACAGAGCCAAGAGCUGGAAUAAGUUCGACCAAUGGAGUGGAAACGGCCAGAUAGUUUAGAAUCACCCAUCGUUUGGAGUAGAUUUGAGGGAAAACCACAUAGAGAUCAAUCACCACUCAAGUAUAUCGUCCAGGAUAUAACAGAAGAUUUGAUAGAGGAUGCUGUUGAACACAUGACACGAUAUUUCCUUGUUAGAGAGAAUAUAACAAGCUGUAUAGGUUAUUUGGAAGAUAAAGUGUCCACAGAUGAACUGAGAGAUGUUUGGCGACAAGCCCUGAAACAGGGGGUUGGUUUGGUGGCGCUAGUUCAGGAUCCAGAGGAUGAAAGUCGAAAGAAGAUAGCUGGAGUUAACAUGACCUUAAUUGUGACUUUGGAAGAUAAAGAGAAGAGUGAGAAUAAAAAAUCUGAAUUCAUGGAGAAGAUCAAAGGAAAACUGUGGAAAAAGACGCUUCGAACACUGCUCGAGCUGGAGAGUAAUGUUGACGUGGGCAAUCUGUAUGGUGGGCAAUCCACCAAGUACAUGUCAGCGUACGGUCUGAGUGUUGCCCCCCAAUACAACGGCGACGGAGUCGGGUAUCAGCUGUUGAUGGCUCGCACUCCCCUCUGCAGAGCACUGGGCGUCGCCCUCACUGUCACCGCAUUCACGGGCCCUGCAUCGCAGUACUUGGCCAAAAAGGCUGGCUUCGAAACUAUAGCUUCUCUCGACUACUCUACCUAUGAGCAUGAUGGCGAACUAGCUUAUCCUAGGCUGGAUGGCUGCUGUCUCCUUAUGGCUAAACGCAUUCCUGUAAGGGAUGAUUGAGGACCAAGACACUUGUUUAAAAGUAUUAAUUGAUUUGAAACUGUGAUUGAUACACUAAAUCUAUUCAAAUAUAAUAUUUAUCCACACUA